ACGGCCGUUCACAGCUAGAAUUAUUCACAUCCUCCUCGGACUUGGACGCGAGAGAGACGAGAUGGAGACCUUCACCCAUCUUUGAGCGAAUCCGACGAUCUUGGGAGUCCAGCCAAGAUGUGACUGCUACGGUGCGUCAUAGAUAGGAUCCGUCCAGCAUUUCCAGCACCAGUUUCUAUAGCAACAGAAGUAUCUGCGCAUCUCAAAUAGUCCCGUUCCCACCAUGCAGUCGUCCUCCCAGGCUCCGAAGCCGCGGCGCUUUGACGCCAGCAGGCGGACCGCGAACACAGCCGGGCCCAAGCUUCGAGGCUCCGCUUUUCAAAGGGAGGAUAAAAACAUGAACACGAUCACCUCGUCAACCCCGCGGCGGGCUGCUAAAGCCCCUCCUACUUCCGCCCGGAGCAGGACGGGUGCGCAGCCACGAGCUCCAGUUAUCCCGUCCCGAAUGAGCUCCCAGAAACAAGUUCCCGCCGUCUCCAGAUCGGCCAAGCCCAAACUGAAGGGCGCUCGGCCAUCUGCGGCGACUCGGAUCGCGCCGGAGGUCGCUGCCCCUCCUCUGCCGCUCCCUUCCGUCCUCCCUCUGGAUCCGAACUGCAAUGAGCCAAGCCUCCCCUGCCUGUGCUGUGACGGACGCUCCCCUCAGGACAACAACAGCAUGUUCAACCAUAACCACAACAACAACAACACCAUCUCCAUCAGGCAGCAGCUGCAGCUACCUCCUCCUCCUCCGGUGGCCCAGUUGGCCCACAACCGUGAGGCGAUGGAGGCCAAGAAGGCGGUUCCUUCGCAGGCGGAGCCCCCCGCCGAAUCUGCCGCCAAUCUGGAGAAGGCCGUAAAGAACGCCGAUGAAAACGCGGUCGUGGACAAUAAGAAAAACGUAGACGAAGAAGAAGACGAGGAGGAGGAGGAGAGCAGCAGAGAUAUUGCCAUUGACGAUGAGGAGGAGGACGACAACGACACUGAUAGCGAUGAUGAUGAUGACACGCUGGUGCCGUCAUGCUGUGACUGCCCCCCAUCCCUCCUGGAGUUCUCGCUCUCCUCCUCUACCUCAUCCUCCUCCACUUCCAUCAGCUCCUGCUCCGACCUGGAGUCCGACUGUGCCGAUCAGUGCGCCUCCAUGUGCUCCUCACAGGACCAGGACCACUUGUCUGCCGCUUGGAACCCCAAAGACCACCCCGUCACACACUUCCCCGAGUUAAAACCUCCCUCGUCUCUUCCUCUCACCCAGAAUCCUUUCGCCCUAACCUCCCGUUCCCCGGUUGCUUCUUGCUCCCCCGAUGAGGGCUACCCUUCUGCGCUUGACUCCCCAUCUCCUGACUACUUGGGAGUGAAAGGUGACUCUGACACUAACAAACUGGAUUUGCUUGACUUCCUAGAGUCUGUAGGGGAGUUUGGGAAGAUGGAGCGCUUCAGCCAGGUUAUCCAAGUUGCCCGCUGGGAUCUGGAAGGGGAGCAACACUGGGAUGUGCUGCGAGAUCGCCUAGAUCACCUGGAUCGUUUGGAAAAGGUGAACAGGGAGGUGAAGCUAGCUUACAUUGCCAGACUUCACGAGAGGGGAUUUGAUCUUGGGGAUCUGGAGGAGCAGGACCUCUCAGACAUCAUGGAUGAAAUGGGGAACAUCGACAUCCCCUGGAGGUUGUACAAAACCCGUGACGGGUCAAUGGGGGAAUCCCAGGAGUUCUCAGACGCCGGGGUUGACCUCACCGCCCCGUCGGACUGCGAUGAUCCCCUUGUUCCGGACUCUCUCACCCCGUCCCCCGUUGAGCCGCCACCCAGACCUCCCAAACCUCCCGCCCGACAUGCCAGCGUGAGCUCCGACCUCCACACCUACAUUAACAUCAGCAGAGAGACCACCUCCAUGGCCGUCACCACCUCUCCCACUCUGACGACGUUCUCCCCCAACUCCUCUUCCCCCACAUUCUCGACGUUUCGGUGCGAGAAGCCCCUCCCUCCGUCUCCGCCGUCCGUUCCCCCUCUUCUCGCCUCCAAGCCAGUCCCUUACCUCACCCUCUAUACCACCCCUUGCCCUCCUCCGUCCAUCCCGACACCAACCCCCCCCAUCCCUCCACCUCGAAAGCGACACCUUGCCAGGAAGGAGGCGCAGCGCCUCGCUGCUCUUCAAGCCGAGCAGGAAAAGACCCCCCUCUCCCUUCCGCCACCCACCACGCGCCCUCCGCCCCUGCCUCCUCCACCUGUCAUCUCAGUGACUUGCUCUGUCUCACCCCCCGCCAUCCCACCUCCACCUGCCCUGCCCCCUCCGCCCUCCUUCCACGCGUUGGACGUGGAGAUCCGGAAGCUGCUCAUGCUCGCCGGCCUGACCCAAGCCGAGCUGCUCAAACUCAGCCCCGAGCUCGGCGUCUGUGUCGGGGAGCUGGACGAUGAGGAGGAGGCAGAUAAUCGUUUUACGUCCAGGUCUCUGGAGACCAGAGGGUUCAGAUUACAAGAUGGGGCGGACGAGAAGGAAAACGAGCCAGGCAAAAUGGACGGGCAUGAAAAGGCGUCUGAAGAAGGCAAUAAGGAGGGGGAAGGCAAGGACACGCAAAGGACCACCUCGUUUACUGAGAUUGCGAGAAGGAGAAAGAAGAACACGGCUUUCGUGAAUGACCAUUACUACAGCACAAGUUUUCAUAAUACACAUGAAGCCACAGCGAAGAAUUUCUCUUACCCGAAUGAGUUACCAGAUUCUCCUCCGCCUCCUCCACCGCCUCGCCCCCUGCCACCAAUCCCGCCGUCGUUAGCGCCGCUCAAAGUCAGCACCUUGCCUGCUAACUCUGAGCAACCCGAGCGCUUCGACUGGCUCAUAGCGUUCACGCCUGAAUGCGAGACCCCCCCACAGCUCCCCGUACCAAAAGAGAGCAAAGCCAUCGCCGAAACCCCAAAGAAGCUCAGCUCAUCAGGCACGUCUACAGACUCCGGUCCAAAGGUGACCACGUUUAAGGAGCUCCGUUUCCGCAGCAAAAGCACCUCCCCUCUGACGAAGGUGAUCACCGAUCCUGAGCCCGACCCCACGGUCAUCACUCCCGACCCGGAUAUCCUUUACAACCUGAGGUGGAGGAGGGAGAAGGCCGGCAGCGACGGCAGCCAGUGGGAGUACACUUCGCAGGCCCAGGCGUUUUUCAUGCAGCCGCCUCCGGCCCUCACCUCCAUGGCCGCCCUGAAGGAGAUGCUGCAGAGAGCCGACAAGGAGGGCGGGCAGCUGGAGCUGUGCCCGUCACAGAAGAUCGGCUGCGCGGUCAGCGACAGCAGCCUGUGGAACGUGGGCCAACAUAGGGAGAGCGAGGAAGUCAAGCAAGAGACGAAGGAAAGGAAGAUAGAGGAGGGGAAGGAGGAAGUGGAGGUGAGAGGUCGGGCCGAUGGAGGGAGAACGCUUGAAUCAAGAACAUCUGUUUCCUCACCCCCGCUCUCCCUUGCCCGGCCCCCCCAACCCUACUUCCUGCACUCUGCCCCCCCGCCCCUCCACCCAGAGCCCCGCAGCUCGCUGCGUCUCGCAGGUCGGUGGUCCUCCGACAAACAGGCCAGCGAACCGUGGGGUCCUGCCGCUGCGGGCUCGGCCUGCGUCCACAGAGACGACCUCGGCUCCCUUGCAGGCUCUGGGUUUAAUGAUUCCCUGGCGGACUUUGGUGCAGACUCUCCUCAUUACUACCGAGACAUUUUCAGGGAAAACACACAUUCGGCUUAUGAGUACGUCAGCGAUUCCAAAACCGACAUGGGGGACGUUGACUCGAGGUGUAAUUUCGACUCCCUCUACAGGAGCGAUGUGGGGAAGCGAGGCGACACCCACGCCUCGCCCGCCGGGACGCAGGGCUGCACCACUCCGUAUAAGAACGUAGAUGUUAUGAUGACUUACUCAGGCAGCAUGAAUGCUGCGGAUUCGCUGUGUGCAGAGAGGCGCUCUCGCGCAGACGACAGCAGCAUUAAGGCCAGGAUGUCCAAAGAGCUUCCUCCCCUCCCCACGUGUUACCUGUACCACCCGAAAAACUGCCCGCUCCACAGGGGCGCCCCUCCGCGCCUCUCGCCCAUCGGCGCCCUCUCCCCUCCCCACCGCUCCGGAGCGCUCCCGCUCUCCCGCCUCAACUCCCCGCUCUUCCCCCGCUCACACACCCUUCCCGCCCUCGCCGCCCCCCUCUACUACCCCAACCUCUACCCCCCCAUCCCGCCCAGGGCGCCCCCCUUGCCCCCUAAGCUCUACCAAGGCCCUCCGCAGCCACAUGUGGCGACUGUCCGCAGUGUCUCAUUCGCCGGCUCCGUACAGAAGAUAGACGUUCCCUGGAUGGGCGAGGAUGUGGAGCACCCUGUGAGGGGUCUCGGCUUGACCUCUCUGUGUCUGCAGGAAAAGAAAACUCUGGUCAGCGGAGUCAGUGCUGCAGUGGAAGCCAUCUUGGCUCAGUUUAGUUCCUCUCGGACCAUAGUCCAGAAGGCCUUGUCAGGAGACAGCACCAUAAAUCCAUCUCUGGGCCGUGUGGUGCUGCAGUGCCUCUGCCCCGCCCUGCACAAUUUGCUGACAGACGGUCUGAAACCUCACCAGAGCGAUCUGAUCGCAGGCCGGAGGCCAAACUCCGCCUGGAGUCUGGUGCAGGCCACGACAAGGACAGGUCCCAAAACUCAGGCUUUAUUUAACCUACAAAUCCGAGUUGGCGAGCUGCCGCAGCUGAGACAGAGCAAGCAGAGGUUCAAUGCGUUCCUCUUCGGUCUGCUAAACACCAAGCUUCUGGAUUUCUGGCUGUCUCAUCUUCAGUCUUGCAGCGAUGUGCUGGAGGCCUAUUACCACCCUACUUCCUUUAUGCGUCUGUCGCUGACCACCUUCCGGCCUCUGUUUGAGGAGCUGCUCCUCGUGCUGCAGCCCCUCAGCCUGCUCACCUUCAACCUCGACCUGCUCUUCCAGCACCACCGUUUGGAGGCGGCUGCUCAAAGGCCCGAGCUGCCCAGAACUCCCCAUCAGGAUGCCGGGCUCCAGCUGUCGCCACAGGGCCGACCCAAAACCCCAGGUGGAAAAUACCUAGAGAGCCUCUCAGAAGUGAGCUUUGGAAGUCCAGAACAUUCAGCAAAUGCAAAUUCUUCGCCAAUUCUAAAUAAUGGAGGAUCAGAGCCAUCAACAAAUCCAGACUCUGAACCUGUGAAGGCUCCACUUAGUUUUGGGCAAACAAGUCCUCAGCUGCUGUGGGUUCAGGAAAAGGAAAUAGAAACUUUACCUCUUCCUAAUGUUGAGGAAGAUAGCUUUACUCAUCAAGCAGGACAGGUGAUCCAGCAGGGUUGGGGAGCUGUGGUGCGCUGGGGAGGUCGGCUGAGCCAGAACCUGGCCGACUUUAGCCUGUCUGCGAUGAAAAAGGAGGAGACAAAGACCAAUGGUCCUGACCUCCAGGACCAGGCGGGAAGUGACUAUUCCCCCGUCAGUGGUGCUCAGGUUCCCUGGAGUUUGGGCCGACUCUUUGGAGCCUCCAAAAGCCCCAACAGCCCUACGGGUCAGGCACCACCAACCAGGCGUCCCUCUCAGUGGUUAGCUCCUGGUGUCACGGCUCUGACCCGAAUGGUGAGCAGCAGCUCCACCCCGACACUACGAGGAACCCCUGAAUUUCCUGAAGGACGGGACACCGAUCCAGAGAAAAAGACAGACACCACGGAGAUGCAGGAAAAGCCCAGACAAUUCAGGUCCGUUCGAACGCUGUGCGACCACACCGGCGCCGGUUCGGAGCUCAGCUUCUGCAAAGGCGACGAGCUGGUGGUGCUGGGCGGCGUGGAUCAGGACUGGAUCCGAUGUCGUCAGGGAGACAAGGAGGGGCUGGUCCCUAUUGGCUACACCUCUCUCAUCAUGUGACAUCGCCGCUGUGACUGCUGCCCUCAGAUCAAUAUGAUAUUAAAUACAUAGAUAUAAGAUAUAUACAUAUUAAAGAUAUUUUCAGUGAGUAUGGAGGGUUUGUGAGAAGGCCGCACUACUCCAAAAGGGAUAUUUCACGUGGGUUUGAGUUCAGAGCGUGACGCCAUCUGUUCUGCUUUACUUUCGUCUCCAGUAGUCUCCGGCCCGCUCCUGUUGUGAACAUAUGGGGCUUUUUUUUCCCCAUUAAAACUCAUCCUGUUUGGUAGCUAAUGGGUUUAAGUAGCAGGGACGCAGCAGAUGGCAUGAUCAAAUUUAAACCGUGAUGUUUGAGUGAAGCAUCCCUUUUAAGGCCUUUGUUUCAUUUCUGCGCUCGGUGUUUUAGCCGCUGAUCUGAACCCGAGACCCUGCCCGGUUUGCUCGUUAAAAGCCGACGUCUUGGGUCCGGUCUGCUUCAGAGUCGCAGCCGGCGGGACAGGAAGUGAACAAAGGACGCUGGAGUACUGCGGCCGCAGCCCCUGUUUGCAUACUGUGUCUCGAUGUGGUGAAUUGUAGUUGUGUAGAUUUGUGAUUCCUUAUCGACCUCUCAUCUCUGGCCCGGAUUGUGUGUGUUUCAGCGAAUCUAUUAAGACUGUAUAAAUAUAUAAAUAUAUAUAAAUUAUAAUAAAUCCGUGUGUAUAGCUAUAUAAACCGAGAAGGAUUUUACCUAGAUAGAAAGAUAGAUGUCCAAGAGAAACCAGUGAAACAGUAGAGAUAGUGACACUAUUGUGAGAUAUGAGAUAAGUGAACUGAGUCCAACACGCCUCAUUUAUUAUAAGUGGAUGUCCUGCAAAGUGAAUUCUUUAUUUUAGUCAUAAAAUCCAGUAUCUUCCGUUCUCCGUACUGUCUGCAUUACAAACGUUUUGCCAUGCGUUAAGGUGGAAAAGCUUCGUUACGUCUUUAAAUUUUGCUCCCGGCGAUCCAGACUUUCCUGUAAUCUUUUAAGGUUUUCUUGAUUGACAGUUCAUGCUUUUUAUUUUUAUUUUAUCUUUUUACUUGGGAUGCUUUUUUGACUUGAUAUCUGUCCAGUAACACAUUUUUGUGUUAAAGCACGUACCUCUGGCCUACAGUGCCUUGUAAAAAUGUGGCUUGCAUUUGAAUUGAGUUCCCCCCCCUGAAUCAAUGUUUUGUAGAAGUUAGAAGUCUUUUGGGUUAUGGCUCUACAAAUUUGAUUUUCUCAAAUUAGUCUUUGCAAGGUAGCUCAAGCUGGUUGGAUGGAUAAGGUCUGUGAUCAUCACUUUUCAAGCCUUGCCACAGAUUUGAAUUUUGGUCUGGCCUUUGACUAGGCCUCCCCAACAAAUGAAAAUGCUUCGGUCCAAACCGUCCCAUUGGUUUAGGGUUGUUGUCCUGCUGGAAGGUGAAUCUUCACCCCUGUGUCAAAUUUUCCACAGCCUGGAACAGGUUUCCCUUCCUGUGUUUGGCUUUAUGUGGCUGAAAAGCACUACCACAGCAUGAUACUGCCGCCACCGUGUUUCACUUUGGGACGGCGUAUUCACAAUGAUGUGCAGCACCACAAACGGUGUGCACAUAGGUCAGAAAGUUCAAUUUUAGUCUCAUCUGACCACAGAAACUCUCUUCCACAUAUUUGUUGUCUCCCCACACACUUAACAAUUGCAUACUGGACAGAUUCUGGACAGAUUUUCUUUUUUUUU